CUCGCAGCAACUCAGCAACUCAGUCUCAACAAAUCAACAUCUCCUCAUCGUCAUCCAUCUCUCCCUCGCUCGCACUUUCUUUCUCUCUCUAUUUUUAAGCGUCUUAGGAAAGAGAGAGACAUUAAUUUUCAGUUUCAGUGGAUGAGAUGAGAUGAGAAACUGUGGAUUAGAUUGGAUUGGAGUUGGAGGUAAUUAUUAAAAUCCAGCUCUUAUCCUAUUUGUAAAUUCAAUUUAAUUCGGGUGUACCCCUCUCUCCGUGUCUCAAUUGAGGAUAGAUUCCUUUGUUUCUUUUUUUGUUGGAUUUGUUUCCUAUAUCUUCUACUCUGUAGUCAGGGAAUCUCAUCCAUUCAUCAUCUUCUAGUUGUAUGUGGGCAAUUUUCGACGACUAACUCAAGAAAGAAAUUACAUAAAUGAGCCAUGUCGAUACCAAAGGAGCCGGAGCAGGUGAUGAAACUAAGAGGAGGAUCAGUGCUGGGCAAGAAGACCAUUCUCAAGGGCGACCACUUCCCUGGCUGCCAGAACAAACGCUUGUCUCCCUACAUCGAUGGUGCUCCCAAUUACCGCCAGGCCGAUUCGCAACAUGUUCAUGGUGUUGCCAUUCCAACAAUCAGUGGAAUCCAGAAUGUUCUUAACAAUAUUGGAGCUCAACAUAUUGAUGGGAAGCGAGCACAAGUUCUUUGGAUUAACCUUUGUGAGGAGCCGGUGGUCUAUAUUAAUGGGUGCCCUUUUGUUUUGCGUGACUUGGAGAGGCCCUUUUCCAACCUUGAAUAUACGGGAAUUAACAAGGCUAGGGUUGAACAAAUGGAAGCCCGGUUAAGGGAAGAUAUUUUAAUUGAAUCUGCAAGAUAUGGAAAUAAGAUCCUUCUCACUGAUGAACUGCCAGAUGGUCAGAUGGUGGAUCAAUGGGAACCGGUGUCAUGUCAUUCUGUGAAGACACCACUAGAGGUUUACGAGGAAUUGCAAGAACAAGGAUACCUUGUUGCCUAUGAACGUGUUCCUAUAACUGAUGAAAAGUCACCUAAGGAGCUGAAUUUUGAUAUUUUGGUUCAUAAAAUUUCUCAAGCUGACAUAAAUGCAGAAAUAAUUUUUAACCGUCAAAUGGGACGUGGGUGAACUACAACAGGAAUGGUGAUUGCAAAUUUGAUAUACCUCAACCGUAUAGGAGCUUCCAGUAUUCCAAGAACCAAUUCAAUUGGAAAAAUUUCUGAAUCCAGUGAAAUUGUUGCUGACAAUUUUCCAAGCUCAGAAGAUGCGAUUCGUAGUGGUGAAUAUGCGGUCAUAAGAAGCUUGAUUCAGGGUGGUGUUGAGGGAAAGAGACAAGUGGAUAAAGUUAUUGACAAGUGUGCCUCUAUGCGGGUGGAUGGAUAUCCUGUGUAUAGCAUGGCUACACCGACAAUUCGUGGUGCCAAAGAGAUGUUAGCAUAUUUAGGUGCCAAACCCAAAGCAGAAGGAUCUGCUGCUCAAAAAGUGAUUUUAACUGAUCUGAGAGAAGUAGUUGUCUACAUUAAUGGCACACCAUUUGUUCUACGGGAGUUAAACAAACCUGUUGAUACACUCAAGCAUGUGGGAAUCACAGGCCCAGUGGUGGAACACAUGGAAGCACGACUAAAAGAAGAUAUACUAUCUGAGGUCAGGCAGUCUGGUGGCCGUAUGCUUUUACACCGUGAAGAAUAUAGCCCAGCUUUGAACCAGUUCAGUGUCAUAGGAUACUUAGAAAGCAUCUUUGCAGAUGAUGUGAAGACACCAGCUGAAGUAUAUACCGCUUUGAAAGAUGAGGGUUAUAAUUUUGCAUACAGGAGAAUACCAUUAACUAGAGAAAGAGAGGCUUCAUCUUCUGAUGUGGAUGCAAUUCAAUACUGCAUAGAUGAUUCUGCAGGGUGUUACCUUUUCGUAUCGCACACAAGGUUUGGAGGAGUUGCAUAUGCAAUGGCUAUUAUUUGUAUCAGAACUGGUGCAGAAACAAACUCCCUACCAAAGGAUCCACAACCAUUGGUUAAUGAACCUGUUGUGUAACCUAAAGAGGAUUUGCCUUCUCGAGCUUCUGAUGAAGAAGCUCUGGGGAUGGGUGACUACCGAGACAUACUAAGCCUUACAAGAGUUCUUGUAUACGGUCCUAAGAGCAAAGCAGACGUUGACAUUGUUAUAGAAAGGUGUGCAGGUGCGGGACAUCUGCGAGAUGACAUUCUUUAUUAUAGUAAGGAACUCAAGAAGUUCCCUGAUGCUGAGGAUGAGCAACGAGCAUAUCUCAUGGACAUGGGGAUCAAAGCGUUAAGGCGGUACUUUUUCCUUAUAACAUUUAGGUCCUACCUCUACUGCACUUCUGUGGCUGAUAUAAAAUUCACAUCAUGGAUGUACGCGGGGCCUGAACUAGGACAUCUAUGUAAUAACCUUAGGGUCGAAAAAUGAUAUCAUUAGUGUAAAAUAAAGUUAUGUACAGUUGGCAGUACGAUAAAACGAUCUGGCAUUCAGUUUCCGCCUUAAGCUCUGAAUGCUGGACAAAUUAAGAGGUUAUUUCAGUUAUGUACGUGUAGGAACUAAGGAUAACGAAAAUCCCUGACUCAAGGGAGAAGGGAGCGGUUAGAACUCGGGAAUGGGUUCUAUGCCAGUUUUUGUAGUAUAUAUAAAGAUGAAGCUCUAAACUUUUCGGGAUUUGAUUUUUGCAACAGGAUGCUUAUAUUGAGGCUAAUGUGAGUAUCAUGUAUAUAUGUGAAAUUAUUAUCUCAUGAAAUUUGAAUGCCUAAUGCCAUUGGUAUGUGGACA